CGUCAUUUGCUUGCCCCCCACACAUGGCGCGUGAGGCAACGGCUCGAAGCCUCGAACGACCAUGAUUGUUUUGCUAUCACUCUGCAGAUAAGGUUCUUAAUUCGUUGCCAUGGCUGAAGCUUCGAGGACCCUGUACACCACUACCCUCAUUCCCAGUCUGAGUCCGACGAGGAAAACUCAAGUGAUUCAGCGUCAUCUAACUAUUCCCCGCAAGCCGCAAAUUCACUGUUCAGUUUCUGCAAGUGAUGCCACGAAAACUGCUGCGACGGAAACCAUAACAUGGGGCUGCGAGAUUGAUUCCCUGGAAAACGCAUCGGUUCUGCAGAGAUGGUUGUCUGAUUCAGGCCUCCCUCCACAGAAGAUGGCCAUUGAGAGGGUGGAAGUUGGGGAGAGAGGACUUGUUGCCUUGAAGAGUAUAAGGAAGGGAGAGAAAUUGCUCUUUGUGCCUCCUUCACUAGUCAUCACUGCAGAUUCUGAAUGGAGCUGCCCAGAAGCUGGUAAAAUUUUGAAAAGGAACUCAGUGCCAGACUGGCCACUGCUUGCAACUUAUCUCAUCAGCGAAGCAAGCCUCAUGAAAUCUUCAAGAUGGAGCAGUUAUGUUUCAGCCUUACCUCGACAACCUUAUUCACUUCUUUACUGGUCACGAGCAGAACUAGAUCGUUAUUUGGAAGCCUCACAGAUUAGGGAAAGAGCAAUUGAAAGGAUUAAUAAUGUUAUUGGAACAUACAACGAUUUGAGGCUCAGAAUAUUUUCCAAGCAUCCUAGUUUAUUCCCUGAAGAGGUGUUCAACAUUGAGACCUUCAAGUGGUCAUUUGGCAUUCUUUUCUCUCGCUUGGUCCGAUUACCUUCAAUGGAUGAUAAGUUUGCAUUGGUUCCAUGGGCAGAUAUGCUGAACCAUAGUUGUGAUGUGGAAACAUUUUUGGAUUAUGAUAAAUCAUCAAAGGGAAUUGUCUUUACCACAGAUCGUCCCUACCAACCAGGUGAGCAGGUGUUUAUUUCAUACGGCAAGAAAUCUAACGGAGAGCUUUUGCUAUCUUAUGGAUUCGUUCCAAAGGAAGGCACUAAUGCUAGUGAUUCAGCUGAGUUAUUAUUGUCACUCAAGAAGUCUGAUAAAUGCUACGAUGAGAAGUCACAACUCUUGAAGAAAAAUGGGCUGUCAGCAUCACAGUGCUUCCCUGUAAAAGUUACUGGUUGGCCGUUGGAGUUAAUGGCAUAUGCCUAUUUAGCUGUGAGCCCUCCAAGCAUGAGAGGCCAAUUUGAAGAGAUGGCCGCUGCAGCAUCAAAUAAAACAACUGUAAAGAAGGAUUUGAAAUAUCCAGAAAUAGAAGAGCAAGCAUUGCAAUUUGUACUAGACAGCUGUGAAUCCAGCAUAUCAAAGUACAAAAAAUUUUUACAGGAAAGUGGAUCACUUGACUUGGACGUGACUUCUCCAAAGCUACUCAAUCGACGACUCUUUUUGAAACAACUAGCUGUGGACUUGUGCAUUAGCGAGCAAAGAAUACUAUUUCGUGCUCAAUAUAUACUGCGAAGCAGGCUGAGGGAUAUGAGGACUGGUGGAUUGAGAGCCCUACGAAUUUUCGAUGGGUUUAGAAAUCUUUUCCAAUGAACCAAUUGCUAGUACAAUAUUGUUCCCCUGUUUCUAGUAGGGUCUUCGGUCACUGUAUCAACAUCAUGAACUUUGGUCUUUGUCCUAGUUCUCACUAGAUGGUCUUUUUUGCAUCGUAUUUCAAGGUUGUAUAUAAUUAUAAUGCAUAUUGACAGAGGAAGAGAAAAGGGAAGAAGUGAUAGAAAGACGAGGAAAGUAAUUAUUGUAGCAUCAACUUCAUGUCUUAUUCAAGGUUAUAAUGUACAAUCGUUGAUUUUGUUGAAGUAUGGUUUGUUCUUUUUCGUUAGAAAUUUGGAGGUGAAGAAAUCAAACGCAUGAACCUGGAAUACUCCUGCACCAGCUCCUUUUGAAUUGUGGAAGCGCCUGUUUGUAAUGCCUUGGGAACACGGAAAACCGCGUUUUCGCAGAAGCAGCCACUAUCAAACUCUGUAGAAAUGUCCAAAUGACUGAAAAAAACAGUGAUUGGAUUUACUAAUUGGAUCUGUAUGGAGUAUGACAGACUAUGCGGGAGACUCUCAGACCAGACUGGGGCAACAAAACCAAUCCUCGACCUUCCAGGGACAAAUUCACAGACCAUAGAUCCUAUACUUCAAUGUGUACUGUAUAUCAAAAUACUACAGUACAAACUGCAUAUUGCUAUCCAACUCCUACUUUCUCAGCUGCAGCAAUUUCCAUCCCGAGAAGAUCACACAGCAGGACAGAAUUUACAUACAGAAUUAGUUUACUACAUAUUGAUGGAAUUAACAUUUAGCUGAUCUCACUCUUCCCCGGAGCUCAAUCAAAUCAAGGAGGGAGGGACGGCUAUGUGCUCCUCAUUGGUGGGAGGCUCAGCAAAAUAUUUAUGAAUAUUAGCUUUGGUUGUUUUGUUUUAAUAUACAAAUAUCCUCCUAUUGAAGAUGAUCUUGUUCAAGGCACUAUUACGUUCUAAAUAUAGGCACUUUUUACAAUGAGGAUUCAAACUUUGGUUUGUUAUAUUGUGAAAAACUAACUUUGGGGGUGAACAAAAUUGAAAGUCAAAUUGAAUAUUUAUUAUUUGAUUUGGUUUUUUUUUUUAAAA